AUGUUUUCCAGAGCCGUUUUCAGAGGAGUUCGUGUGAACAGCAGAAGCCUGCUAACGUUGGCCAGUCAAAGAACCAGCGUGGCCCGCACGAUGCCCAAAUUGAGCCAAUUCCAGUCCAUAAGGAAAUACUCCGAACACCACGAUGAGGAGACUUUCGAAGAGUUCACGGCCAGAUACGAAAAAGAGUUCGAGCAGGCAUACGACCUGUUCGAGGUGCAGAGAGUGUUGAACAACUGUUUCUCGUACGAUUUGGUCCCUGCGCCUGCCGUGGUGGAAAAGGCGUUGAGAGCUGCCAGAAGAGUCAACGACUUGCCCACGGCGAUCCGUGUGUUCGAAGCCCUCAAAUACAAGGUUGAGAACGAGGAGCAGUACAACGCGUACCUAGAAGAGCUCAAGGACGUGAGAGCCGAGCUCGCCAUCCCACUCAAGGAGGAGCUUUUCAGCAGCAAUUAG